AUGUCUACAACCCUUGGCUCCUUCAUAGCCGGCGGCAUAGCAGCAUGCGGAGCCGUGACAGUGACGCACGGCUUCGAAACAGUCAAGAUCCGACUACAACUACAAGGCGAGCUAAAGGCAAAGAGCGAUGCGCCGCGGUUAUACCGGGGAGUCUUCCACGGCGUCAGCGUUAUUCUCAAGAAUGAAGGGCCUCGAGGCCUAUUACGCGGGUUAGGAUGUGCAUACAUCUACCAAAUGACCCUCAACGGCUGCCGCCUCGGCUUCUACGAACCCAUCCGCAAAACCCUCACAAACACCCUCUACCACGACCCCACCCUGCAAUCCUUCUCCAUAAACCUCUUCGCAGGCGCCUCAUCCGGUAUCCUCGGCGCCGCCGCCGGCUCCCCCUUCUUCCUCGUAAAAACCCGCCUCCAAUCCUACUCGCCCUUCCUCCCCGUCGGCACCCAACACCACUACCGCAACGCGCUAGACGGCAUGCGCCAAAUCUAUUCUUCAGAGGGCAUAAAAGGACUAUACCGCGGUGUGGGCCCCGCCAUGGUCCGAACGGGAUUUGGCAGCUCAGUCCAGCUUCCGACGUACUUUUUUGCAAAGAGACGCUUGGUUAAGCAUUUGGGUAUGCAGGAGGGUAUGCCGCUGCAUAUAGCGAGUAGUACCGCCAGUGGGUUUGUGGUUUGCUGCGUUAUGCAUCCACCAGACACAAUCAUGUCGCGCAUGUAUAAUCAAACGGGCAAUUUGUACACGAGUGCGUUUGAUUGUUUGGCUAGGACGGUGAGGACGGAGGGUGUGCUGGCGUUGUAUAAGGGAUAUUUUGCUCAUUUGGCAAGGAUAUUGCCGCAUACGAUUCUCACACUCACCCUGGCGGAACAAACUAUCAAGCUCAUGCGCAUGGUCGAAGAUCGUAUCUUACCAGCUGAUGUCAAGGCGAAGAUGUAA